AUGUCGUACCCUGCGCUGGAGGGCCUUUACUCAGUACAUGAUGAACUCGGAUCAGGAGGCUUCGGCAAAGUCAAGCUAGCCACUCACUUGUUAACUGGUCUCAAAGUUGCUAUCAAAAUAAUUGACAAAAAGGCGAUCGGUGAUGAUUUGCCAAGAGUUACUACUGAGUUAGAUGCUCUUAAAACUCUAUCGCAUCAGAACAUUUGUCGACUAUAUCAAUUUAUUGACACUGAAGAUAAAUUUUUUAUCGUCAUGGAGUACUGUAGUGGAGGCGAGAUGUUUGACUAUAUCGUGAGAAAAGAGCGUCUCGAAGAAUCUGAAGCACGCCACUUUUUUCGUCAACUUGUACAAGCUAUGGCCUACGUGCAUUCAAUGGGUUACGCACACCGAGACCUUAAACCGGAGAAUCUCCUCUUGACUGAAGACCUGCAUCUGAAAGUGAUAGAUUUUGGCUUAUGUGCAAAACCAUGUUCACUUUCACGUCCACUUGACACCUGUUGUGGUUCUCCUGCUUAUGCUGCUCCUGAACUUAUUGCGGGUAAAGCAUAUCUCGGAAAUGAAGCAGAUAUCUGGUCAAUGGGUGUACUGUUAUAUGCACUUCUUUGUGGUUCGCUGCCGUUUGAAGACGAGUCUAUGCAACUUCUUUAUCGUAAAAUAGCGAGAGGACAAUAUCCUGAGCCAGAAUGGUUAAGCCCAAGUAGCAAAGCAUUGUUACGUAGCAUGUUACAGGUCAAUCCUCAGUAUCGUAUAACAGUCCAACAACUGUUGGACCAUCCCUGGAUUAAUUACAAAUAUAGUCAGAAGUUGAAAUGGACUAGUAUUUACGAUGUAAAGUUUGAAUUUUCCGAGGAUCUCGAACUAGUUUUCACAUUAGUCUUUCACAAGUACUUUUCCUUCCUCUUCCAGGAGUGGAAAUUCGACUAUCUGACGGCAACGUACUACCUUCUCUUGCAACAGAAAGGUCGUAAGCGGAGAAUCACCCUUCCUCCUCCUAAACCUAAACCUGUAAGAUUGGUGGCAUCUCCGACCAUACACGCCUCUUUGGAACACAACCUCGAUUUGUCUGGGCUUGAGGAUAGUCCUGACGUAGACUUCUCUCCACAAAGCUUCCGGUCCGGUAGCAGUAUCAGUGAGCAAUUUGAUGCACUCUGGCGGCAAAACGAUCGUGAGCGAACUAGAGAUAAAGAGCGGGAAAAACAACCGUGCCGAGGUAAGUCGUCCUAUAUCAAUGCCAUUUUGAAUACACCGACCAUAUGUACAGGACGUUCUCCACAGCAGAGGUUAUACGACUCUCCUAUGGCAAAUGGGUCGACGCCAUAUAGGCCGGUACAGAAGCCUGCUGUACGGGUGAAGGUCGAGAUUUUAUGA